GAAGUUUAUCUGUGCCUCUCCUCCGGGGGAGGUUAAGUCGUCGCCUAUGGCUAACGCUCGCUCGUUAUUCCAGAGAAGUUUCAGCACAUUCUUCGUGUCAUGGGCACGAACAUCGAUGGUAACAGGAAGGUCAUGUUCGCCAUGACUGCCAUCAAGGGUGUGGGUCGGCGCUACGCCAAUAUCGUUCUCAAGAAGGCCGACAUCGACCUUGACAAACGAGCUGGUGAAUGCUCCGAAGAGGAGGUUGAAAAGAUCGUCACUAUUAUGGCGAAUCCCAGGCAGUACAAAAUUCCUGACUGGUUCCUCAACAGGCAAAAGGACAUUGUUGACGGAAAAUACUCACAACUCACGAGUUCCAACUUGGACUCAAAGCUUCGUGAGGAUCUUGAACGUAUGAAGAAGAUACGUGCACACAGAGGUCUGCGUCACUACUGGGGCCUUCGUGUGCGUGGACAGCACACAAAGACGACUGGUCGUAGGGGUCGUACUGUGGGUGUGUCCAAAAAGAAGUAAUUUAAUCUGUUUAAUGAUAAUAAAAAUUUUAUAAAUCUAAUUUAUUAAGCUAAA